GACUAACCGAACGUGUUUGCAAAAACAUUUCCUUCAAUAUUUUUCGAGCUCAUGCAGAGUUUUAUUUUGCAGCAAUUUGCAAACCAAAGAGUAACAUUGUCAAUGUUAAGUGACCAACUAGCCCAUCAUCCUCGAGUGUCAACCUCUCUGCUUUGUUUAUUUUGUGGUUCAUCACUUUGUUGUUGUGACAAGUGGUCGACAACAUGAGCACCCAAAAUAUUUGGACCGUCAACUCCAGUACCCUGGUUCGAAAGCCAGUGAAGAAACAGCCAGCGGACAGAAGAAUUUACUUAGAUAAGCGGCCAACAACGCUGUUAUACUCGACCUAACGUAGUACCUGGGCGCUAAAGAUAUCUACGAUUGCUUUGUCUUCGUUAAGGUGUUCGAGUUUCCGUGGAAUGAUGAUCUUGUACCACGUUCAAGUUUGGAGGUUGCUAAGCGGAUUGUCUACAGUUUGUUUUGUUUUAAUUUGUUUAGUCGGAUUGUCACAGUCUCUCAGCUCAGAACCUUUUAUCAUCUUUGGUAACACUGUGGACAUUCGUCGAGUGAAUCUUGAUGGCACUGGAUAUAACUAUGUUGUGCGUGGCUUGACGAAUGUUGUUGGUCUGGAUUUUGACCUUAAAACACAGAUGAUCUAUUGGUCAGACAUUGGUGUGAAAAAAAUUCAGAGGGUGCAUAUCAAUAAUGGCCUGGAUUCUGGGAAAAUUGAAGAUUUUAUAGUGGAAGACUUGGGAAUCCCUGAAGACUUGGCAGUUGACUGGACUGGUCGAAAGCUGUUUUGGACAGAUGCUAAUAAGAAAAUUAUUGAGGUUAUUAAUCUAGAUGGCACACAGCGUCAGGCAUUAAUUAGCACUGGGCAUGACAAGCCAAGAGCUAUUGUUGUUGAUCCAGCGAAUGAUAAAGUGUAUUGGACAGACUGGGGAAGUGAACCAAAGAUAUUAAGAGCAAAAAUGAGUGAUGGGACACAGAAAGAGGUGCUUGUAAAUGCAGGUAUUGUUUGGCCAAAUGGGCUUGCAUUAGACUAUGUUGACAAGAUGCUGUACUGGACAGAUGCUAAUACAGAUAAGAUUGAAAAAUCAUCCUUGGAUGGUCAGAAUCGUAGGGUUUUGAUUGAUCGCACCCGGGUAUAUCAUCCCUAUGCAUUGACACAAUUUGGCAGCAGGCUGUACUGGAGUGAUUGGCAGCGGCAUAGCAUUGAGCACUGUAACAAGGAUGAUGGUGACGACAGGGUCAGUAUCACUGGUGGUAUGACAAGACCUACGGCGCUGCAUGUGUAUCAUCCUGAUAGGCAGCCAGGAGCAGACUUUAAUGAAUGUCAGGUAGAAAAUGGAGGAUGCAGUCAUACAUGCCUAGAUCUGAUUGGUGGAUAUAAGUGUCUUUGUCCCUUGGGAUUUGAACUUGCAUCCGAUGAUAAGACAUGUCAAGACAUAAAUGAAUGCAGCUACAGUCGUGGAGACUGUGCGCAACUGUGUAUCAAUUUUCCUGGUGGCUACAACUGCAGCUGUUUGCAGGGCUACACUUUACAAAGUGACAAGAAAUCUUGCCAAGAUGCUGAUGAGUGUCGCAUUAAUCAUGGAGGCUGUGAGUUUAGCUGCAACAAUACAGAGUCCUCAUACUACUGUUCAUGCCGCGUUGGAUACAUGCUGGCAGCUGAUAAACACAGCUGUGAGGACAUAGAUGAAUGCCAGACACUCACCCACCAGUGCCCAGAUCAAUGUGAGAACAUUGCAGGUUCUUACAAAUGUCUGUGCUCCUCGGGACUCGCUUACAAUCCAGUAAACAAGACUUGUGAUGACAUCAAUGAGUGUUUAACCAGCCAACACUCCUGCCAGCAGCUCUGCGUCAACACCAGAGGAAGCUUCCACUGUGACUGCAACCCAGGCUUCCUUCUGAGCAGUGAUCAAUUGACGUGUGCAGAUAUUGAUGAAUGUAGCCAAUCAAAUCACUCCUGCCAGCAUCGUUGCGUCAACACUAUUGGUUCUUACGUGUGCAGCUGUGACGCUGGUCAUACUUUAUCAGAUGACGGGCGCACAUGUGACGUGAUGGAUUGUGGGAAACCUGACGGAAUUCCGGGAAUUGUGGUGAAGUGUGACGGCACUGCAGUUCAGUACAGUUAUGGUAAGGCUUGCACGCUGUCUUGUACCAAAGGAUUUCUGAUUGGUUCAAGCGUCAUCACGUGUCAAGCCUCCGGUCGGUGGAGUGUCAUCAAAACCCAGUGCGCAAGUCAGCUCCCAGGCUCCAACAGUCCGCCUCUCGGAAUCUUACUGUCUUCGCCUUUUGUUCCUGAAAACUCACCUCCUGCCGCUGUAAUAGGAAGACUGACCACGGUCGACAAUGAUGAAGAGCAGUUCUUUACCUAUUUGGUGAUUGACGGCGCUGGUGUGUUUGAUGUGGACAAUAAUGCCAGCACGUUGGUCCUGGCUGGUGCAGUGGACUACGAGAGACAGUCAGUGUACACGGUGUGUCUCAUGUCUAUAGACAGUGGUGUGCCACAACUGUCCAUCAAACAGAACCUGACUGUCUACGUCACAGAUGUCAAUGAACCACCAAGUCCACCUACAAUAUCCUCGUCGGUGAUUUACGAGAACGCCUCUCUUGGAACUGCCAUCGGCAUUGUUAAUUCUUCAGAUGUUGACUCCGGACAAGAAAUCAUCUAUUCUUUGCUCACAGAUGCUGGCGACAGAUUUCGACUCGUUGGCGGCGAGUUGACGCUUCAUUCCAAACUGAACUACGAGGAAACGUCAAGCUUCCGUUUGACAGUCGAAGCUAAAGAUGACGGUUCUCCGAGGCUGUCCAGUAUAUCAGUCUUCAAUAUCACAGUUAUGGACUGUAAUGAUCCCCCAACGGGGCUUCUAUUUAGCGGGGGUGUAAUCCCCGAGUUCUCAGAACAUACCCCGGCGGGAACCCAGAACGGUUCCGUGAUAGGGAACUUUUCAACUGUGGACGAAGACCUCGGACAGUCACACGUUUAUUCCAUUGUAGGAGGCAGUGAAGUAGUCUUUAUUAACAAAUCGUCCCUAGUGGUUGCCUGGGCGGAGCGGUUGAACUUCGAGUCACGUGAUCUUUGGACGUUAAAAGUGCGUUCUACUGAUCCUUUUGGUGAGAGCGUGACGUCAUCGGUUGAGAUUCGCCUGCUUGAUGUGAAUGAAAAUCCAAGCGGUAUUUUGUUGUCUGCGGAUGCCUUUCUUGAGCAUGCACCGCUGGGUACCGUUGUUGGUUCGCUGAGCGCUCGGGAUCCAGACCUCCAUGAUAACCACACGUUUGCUCUAGUUUCCAAUCCCAGCGGCGUCUUCUCGGUCGAAGGGAGAACGCUAAAAAUUUUCGCCGACGUUGAUUUCGAAACGACAAUAAAAAAUCCUUUAAUAGUUGUCUUGAGAACAACCGACAGAGCUGGGCUUUCAUUUGAACAAGCUUUAAACAUCACAGUGCUCGACAAGAAUGAAGCCCCAACGGAUAUUAUCCUUCACCCAGAAAAACCCUGCGGGUCCUCAUCCGGGAUAUGCGUGGAAGAGAAUGAACGUAUUGGUUACCGCGUAGGAGAUAUAACAAUGGCGGACCCUGAUCACAAUGAUCCCGGAAUCUGUGAUGUGGUGAACGAUGAUGUCUUUAAAAUUGAAAACGGCGCUGUCCUUGUCAACGGGGAUAUUAACUUCGAAGCGCUGGACAGCUCGCGUGUGAUCAGUGUAGAGAUUAGGUGCCGGGAUAAAGGAGGACUUAUUAUCGAGAUGAGCUUUAACAUCAGCGUCCUGGACGCCAAUGAUGCUCCAAGCGCCGUGAGCUUGUCGCAUCAGGUUGUCAGUUCUAAUGCUUCCGUGGGGAGUCUAGUGGGGUCGUUUAUUGUUGUGGAUGAAGACCCGAGUGACUCGCAUGUCUGUUACCUCUUGGAUCCUGAAAGCUUGUUCAGAGUCUCUGGGCUUCAGCUCUUUGUUGAGAAACCGCUGACGAACGCAACGUCGUCUCGUCAUCCUAUCCACGUGUUCUGUAGUGACGGCAAGCGCAUAAGCUUCCCAACGACCCUGUAUAUUGAAGUGAGGAGCAACCUUCUGUCAGCGAAGAUGAACAUCUCGUUGGAUUCCACAGAUGUGAAAGAAAACGAGCCCGCAGGCAGUUUCAUAGGGCAUGUCACGGCCAGGACAUCUGAUCCGAAUGAUACUCUUGUUUUCCAGUUGGAUGAUGAUGCCAACGGAACUUUUGCUUUGGUUAGCGGAAACGCUGUAAAUUCACGAGACUUGGUGACAACGCGGCCGCUGGAUUACGAGAAGGAGAAUGAGUACAAUGUGGUCAUCCGUGUUUAUGGAAGUGGAGGGGCAACGAAUUUUGAGGUGUUUCGCAUCCAAGUGAUUGACGUGUAUGAACCACCGGAACAUUUGGUACUUCAUCAUAACCACGUGGCCGAGAACCUGGCUGGUACACUGGUUGGUGUGAUCACUCUCAAAGACCCUCAGCUAAGCCCCCUCUCUAUUGAGAUCCUAAGUGACCCUGGGUCAGUUUUUGAGCUUCGUCCGACGAGCAUCUCUUACACAUGGAAGUUGAUGACUCGACGGCCGCUAGACUACGAAAUAGCUCAGGUUCACCACAUCACAGUACAGGUCAAGGAUGCCAACCACUCCCUCACUGUCAAUCAGAGCUUCACCAUUUACGUCACAAAUGUAAACGAGGCCCCCACUUCGAUUGUACUCAGUAACCACGUGAUAGCAGAAAAUUCACCCACUGGGACUGUGGUGGGGAUCAUAAAUGUCACUGACCCGGAUGAAGCGUUCGUCCCGCAAAGCAUCACUUGUGGAUUGCGUAACGACGCUGGCGGCAGGUUCAAGGUCAGUGGUUUGGCACUGACAGUGUUGGCUUCCCGGAUGUUAAACUUUGAAGACCCGGAUGGUCCAGAUCAUUUGGUAGACAUUGAAUGUCAGGAUCAGGAUGGCGAAGCAACUCAACAGCAGUUUGUUGUAAAGUUGACAGACGUUGAUGAGCCGCCGAUCAGGAUAGAGUCAUCGUCGGGAAAAUUCGAGAUCGCCGAGAAUUUGAGUCCAGGAUCGCUGGUUGCUAUCCUGCGCACUGCUGAUGAGGACAAGUGGCAAAACCAUUCCUACAGUGUAUCACCGGACACGGUGUUUAACAUUGUAGGCAACCGAUUGGAAGCUCUUGUGAGGUUGAAUUACGAAGAGCAAAACGUUUACCUUAUAAACAUUACCACGACUGAUAGCGGUAACCAAAUGUUGACGCAAAGGGUGGUGGUCAGUGUACUCAAUGUCAAUGACGCGCCGACAGGAAUAGUGUUACCACAAGGGACAGCUAUUCCUGAAAAUACUAAGGUUGGCUCACUGAUUGGAGAACUGACCUCACUGGACGAGGACAGCGGACAGACACACACCUACGUUAUCCAAGCUCAAACCCCAAGCGGCGUUGUCUCUCUUGGAGACACGAACAAGCUGUAUGUGGCGGACAGCACCGCUCUCAACUAUGAACUACACCGUCAUGUAAACAUCACUGUAACGACUACAGAUGAUGGUGUGCACUCGCGGCUCUCCAAGGUUGUGACUUUGUCGCUGCCCAUUCUCGACGUAAAUGAGCCUCCGUACGGCAUUCAGCUGGCUCCAGCAAGUGUUAAAGAGAACUCACCCAUCGAAACAGUCGUGGGACUCGUUACAGUACAAGAUCCCGAUACUUUCUCCCAGUGGUUUCACUGUCGACUUCUAAACGACGGCUCUGGGAGAUUUGGAGUCAGGAUAAACGUGUCGCUCAUUGAGCUGUUUUUAACUGGCAACGGAUUGCCUGUAGAUUACGAGAAACACUCCACGCAUAACAUCACGCUUCUGUGUAGCGACAGCGGUGGCUUGUCUUACGAAAAAGAUUUUGUAAUUCGAGUUUUAGAUGCGAAUGAUCCUCCAUCGAACGUGAUCUUCACAGACUCUCCAGGGGACACAAUCUUGAGUCCGAAUCCCCCGGUUAACGCGUCGGACAUUAAGCUUGUGACCCAGGCUGUCGCGACUGUAAAUGAAACAGCUGAUGUCGGAAUCACCAUUGUAGCUUAUUUGUGGGUCAUCGACGAAGAUAACGCCAACAACCCCGUGCGGCCCCAGACGCAUGUGUGCAAACUCAUUAGCGAGGCCGAAGCUAAACUUCUCGUCACGGUCGACGUGCACGCACCAUCGAACUCGCGGAGAAAACGUUCAAGCGAUGUGAACUCCGUCCCGACGGAGUUUAUGAUUCAGCCUGGAACCAACUCUCUAUUAGUUCGUGAGAAGCUUGAUUACGAAACAAGGGCGAACUACACGCUGUAUGUGAAAUGCACCGAUGAUGGCGUUCCCAAAAUGUCCACUAUUAGUUCUUUGCUUGUUUUUGUCUUAGACGUGCCUGAAGCGCCGACGGAUGUCAUCUUUUCUUCGUUGACAAUUCCAGAAAAUGCAAGUAAUGGAGCAGUCGUUACAAGCUUUAUUAUCAUCGAUGCAGACUUCACGCGGACUGGUUACUCCUUCGAGUUAACGUCACGAGGUGUACCGUUUCGUCUGGUCGGAAAUCUUAUCGUCGUUUCGCGAAUUCCGCUCGAUCACGAAGCCACGCCACUCAUCACGGUACAACUGACAACGCGCGAAGUAUUGACAGACUUAAAAUUCGUUAAAACGUUUGACGUCGCGAUCACCGAUGUGAACGAACCGCCGAGCAGUGUUACGCUCGACGGAAAGACGAAAGUGGACGUUUUGGAAAGUUCCCCUAUUGGAUACAUCCUCGGGAGAUUUAUUGUGGAAGAUCAAGAUGUCUACGAUACCUCAUUCAAUAUUACAGUCGAAGGAGAGCAAAACGAAAUCAUGGUAGACUUCCAGGUCAGCGGACAAAACCUUGUGGUGGCAAGUCAGCUAAAUGCGUGGUUACGUGAUCAAUACCUCCUCAGAGUACGUGCAACUGACAGCGGAGGACUGAGUACGAGCAAUAUUUUGACCAUCACAGUAGCAGAAGUAGAUGUAUGUUCUAUGAAUAAGAGCUUUUGUAGUCCAUACGCCAUCUGCUCUCGAGCGGGUCCGGGACGAGCCUCGUGUUCGUGCAAACUCGGUUUUACUGGUGACGGCUUUCACUGUAGUGACAUCAACUACUGUGACCCCGACCCAUGCCAUCCGGGUAACUCAAUCGAUGGAUGUCAAGAUGGUUUUGGUGGCUGGAAAAAUUACUCUUGUAACUGUAGACUAGGAUGGUCCCCUCCCGACUGCAAUGUGGAAAUCAAUGAAUGUCGACCCAGUCCUUGUAACAUGAACGGAACAGAGUACUGCGAAGAUCUCGUCAACGAUUUUAAAUGCAAUUGUAAGCCGGGCUUCAGUGGUAGGCUCUGUGACGCGAACAUUGACGACUGUAAAUCGACCAGCUGUCUUAACGGCGGCACAUGCGUCGACAAAGUAAACGGUUUCAUUUGCCUGUGUAAAGAUCCGUAUGUUGGGGUUAAUUGCGACACGGACGAUACAAUCUGUCGGGAAAACCCGACGAUCUGUCCUCGUAACGGCACGUGCAUUUCGUGUGCCGAAGAUCCUACGAAGUUCUCGUGCCGGUGUGAGGAACCGUGGGGCGGAGACUGCUCAGGGUGUGCGCCAGGCUAUGGCGGACAGAAUUGCACGCCGUGUAAAUAUCCGCGGACUGGAGUAAACUGUGAGCUGGAUUGGAGGAACUGUGAACCCGAUCCCUGUCUUCAAGGGGGGACGUGCUAUCCCUUAAGAGAGAAAGACUUUUCAUGUGUGUGUCCACCUAAUUACUUUGGAAAGACUUGCGAUAAAGCCGCUGCUGUGACUGAGGAUGGCAGCAGAAGCGGGAACCGUACGGGAAUUAGUCCCGCGGGACUCUACUCGAUGAUCGGCUGUAUCGUAUUGCUAGUUGUUAUCAUCAUCGUCCUGAUUAUCGUGUGGAGGAGAAGACAACGAAGAAAAUACAGAUCGAAAAAUGCGCGGAUUGAAUACCACAAUAGACGAAGCAAGCCGGAGGUAAGCUCGCCGUUUCGAGAAAUGAUGCAACGAAGUAAGUUCAACUUUGAAAAUCCUGCGUUUAUCGCUGAACCCGAACGAGACGGUGAUACCAAAUCUGAUGGCGACAACACGCCCACAGAAACUGAAAUAAGACUUUCAGGCGAUGCUGUAGCCAUUGCGCGAGAUAACCCCAUGUAUGAACCGGUUGAGGAAGUGUUGAGGAAACAUGCUGCAGUUGUACACAAUCCUAUAUUCGUGGACGACUCAGCGAGGGAAAACACAAACAAUGCAAAUCCACGGCUCUGGCGACGAUCUCAUUCUGAUCAAUUAGGUUUCUCAAAAUGCUAAACUGUCUGAGAUGUAGUUUCAAACGCUUGUAUGUUAAGUGUAUAUGUAGUCUUAAAUGCGCAUCGGUUUAACGCACUACGCGCGCAGUUCCCGCCAAACCUACCGCUCUUAAAUUUCAAGCCAAAUCAACUGAGAAAUUUCCUCAGAAGGACGUUUUGUGCGCUGCAUAUGCAUGGGGAAUUUAAUGCUGUUAUCCUCCUAGUUUAUCGCUCUAUAAUUUGGACUGUCACUGUUGCGAACGUCUUGCUCAUUUUUGCCUCAAACUCUCAAGUACUUCUAAGUAACGGAAACCAGAGCGGCGUUGGAUUUUUGAACCUCUUAGGAAAACCCUACCGUACCGCGUUCAGCGGUCUUGAACAAAAAUUCCACGCCACUUCCGGUUUUCGUUGUUUGACGCGUUACUUUCAACAAGGUUGCUACAAGGCGUUACAAAGAGUACAGUUGUAAAGUUAAAUACGAGACGAUAGCUGCAGCUUUUUAGGCGGCAAAAAUUCUCAUGAGAAUUUCUGUUUUAUGUACAUUAGAGCAUGAUGGGUUGAUUUUGACAGUCGUGGUCACGUGGUUAUUUUCGUUCGUGUGGGUAAAAGUUGACUGAUAGCACAUUUAUGGUUGCCAUGCAACGAGAUUUUAUAUAUAAUUGUAAAUAAUAGGAAAUAUGUAUAUACGCGCAUUCGUUUGUUCCAAUUGCUCUGUAGACAGAACUUUUACAGGAAUUUUUCACUUAGCUAUCUCUUUGUAGAAGAUGUAUUUUAUUAAGAGUUAAGUUAUUAGAACUGUGCACAUGUGGAUUGGUUGGUAACGAGAGAAAAUGAUCUAGAUUAUUUUCCCUUGUUGAUAAUCAAUUUUCAUUUUUACGAUUGCUUUUUAUCGUGAAAUGUUUUGUAUUUUAAUAUUGCACAGUGUUGUAAAACUAUUUAGUUGCAGUUGGAACUGAUCGCGUUGUUUUUAAGCAUUGUCAUUUAAGACUGCCAAA